UCAUCAACAAGGGCGCCAGUAACACACCAACUCACCCAGGGUUCGUUUCCCUGUUCACAUGCAUGAUUCGAAUCCUUAGCACAAGGGCGAGACGAAAACAGAGCAAAAUCGGCUUCUUCUGAGCUAGUUCAACUUAAAAAGGCAGCCCAACUUUCGGACAUCGGCUUAGGACGGAGCCACGGUCAUGCGCAUGCCCACCUGCAUCGUUGGCAUCAAGAUGGUCGCGGUGAUGGACUUGGCCAACAUUUUCUUUUUGGACACUUGGGGCACGGAGGAGGCCAAGCGGGAGUGGCUGGAGACCAAGGGGGACGUGCCCAUCCACUUCGGGGUGAAUACUCAUGUUCCACCGGACUUGGCUAACAUCCAGGUGUCCUCCCGGAAAGAGCUACUGGUGGGGUUCAGCCUGGCGACCCUCACGCUCCUCACGCUCUACCUGUCGUUCAUCCUCCCUUAUUCGGCCCACACCUCGCACGCGUCUCCAAGAUCCCUGCACGCCCACGGCCCACCAACUGGGAGUCAAGACCUUCCACGCCCGCGCGAGGAGGGCGUUCGUCUCGAGGAAGGCGAGGACUUCCCGACGCCCGAGACCCCGAGACUCGCGAAGGAACGACCUGCGUCCAGCCGGAAGCGGAGGCGGAGUCGCUCGCGCCGGGGCCUCAGCCGCUACUUCGAGGCCCUCUGGCGGAGGUUCAAGCACGAGCGGCCGAGUCUGAGCGUCGUCCUCGGCCGCCUGGGAGUGACGAGGAUCGAGUGCCAGAUGGCUCUUGUGUGCCACGCCCAUUUAUACUUGAUGGACUUACCUGCAGGCGUGAGGGGGUUGUUGGUGAUGAUUACGAGCCGAUUCUCCGACUUGGCGCAAUACGAAGAAGGGAUUGUCACGGGCCUGGGGGGCGGGACCUGCGACAGCUUCUACCAAUCAGAAAACAGCAUUUGCCCUGAUCCUUAUGACGUCAUCUCAGAUUUCCUUGGAAGACAUGUUCUGCACGAGUUUUAGACCUUUUUCGGGAGACGAAGUUCCAGUAAGUGCGGUAUCUCUUGCACACUUAUCUUUGGUUUUGAAAAU